AUGGCACAAAGGACACAUAAGCGCACACGGCUAAAUAGCAGCAGCAAUACAAAUAUAAACGUUUCCAACAACUCGACAGAUCUCUCUCCGGUUGUCUUAAAUUCUUCUUCAAUACCUGCACCUAUUAGUCAAACUGAAAACACGCUAGGCCUCGCAACAAAUGCCUCUAAGGAACAUUUAAUAUUUUCUUCCAACAAGCCGUUAAUUGGCCUGCAAAAUAACGUUUCUGAACGUGCUGAGAAACUAGGAUUGAAGCCACCUCCCAAAAAGUUAGUUAUAAGACCUUUAAAAGAAAAGCCCAAAUUACCGGAUAACUAUGAAGAGCUUACAUGGGCCAAAUUGCAAAAGGCGAUUAGAGCAAUCCAUAAUAGUCAGCCUGCAAGUGAUAGCCUCGAAGAGUUGUAUAAAGCUUGUGAGAAUCUAUGUCUUCAUAAAAUGGCCAAUUCUUUAUAUGAAAGACUUAAAAAUGAAAUUGAAGUUCAUAUUGUAAACGAACAUGCCAACAAUCCAGCCGAAAGUGAUAUCUUUUUAUUGUCGAUCAAUCAACUAUGGAAGGAUCAUCAACAACAAAUGGGAUUGAUAAGGAGUAUUUUCUUAUAUCUAGAUCGUACAUAUGUGCUUCGGAAUUCAGGAAUAGCAUCAUUAUGGGAUAUGGGCAUCGAUUUAUUUCGAAAACAUAUCAUGUCUCCAACUGGUCCAUUAAGACAAAAGACACGCGAAGGGUUGAUAACUCUGAUUACAAAGGAAAGGGAUGGUGAAUCUGUUGACCGCAGUCUUCUUCACUCGCUCAUUCGAAUGCAUAUAGAUCUUUCUAUUUAUAACACUGCUUUUGAGAGUUAUUUCUUGCAAGCUACUCGGGAUUAUUAUGAUAAAGAAGCUCAGCGUUUAUUAGAAGUAAUGGAGAUUCCUGAAUAUUUACAUCAUGUUCAAAAUCGGCUGGAAAAAGAAAGUGAAAGAAAUAGAGCAUACUUAGACCGUAAAACGAAAAUGAAUUUAAUAAAGGCAGUUGAAUCUAUGUUGUUAGAAAAUCAUUUAGAUUUAAUAUUGGAAAAAGGUUUUCCGGAGAUGAUGAAUCGAGAACAACAAAAAGAUCUGGCUUUACUUUAUGAUCUAUUUCAACAAGUUUCUGCUCUUGACUUGUUACGUACCAGUUUUGGCGUAUAUAUAAAGAAAACUGGAACUGCAAUUGUUACAGAUACUGAACGUGAUCCUCAUAUGGUUGAAGAUUUAUUGGAUCUUAAGGGAAAAUUGGAUGACAUAGUUUAUAAUUCAUUCCGUAAAAAUCCAAAUUUCCUGAAUACAUUAAAAGAAAGCUUUGAGACUUUUAUAAAUCAACGUCAAAACAAGCCAGCCGAAUUGAUAGCCAAAUAUCUGGACGCCAAGUUGAAGGCAAAUAAGGGUAUGAAUGAAGAUGAGAUGGACCAAAUUAUGGAUGAUGCGUUACUCUUGUUUAGAUAUAUUCAAGGGAAAGACAUUUUCGAAGCUUUCUAUAAACGUGACUUGGCAAAACGUCUUCUAUUAAAUAAAAGUGCAUCGAAAGAUGCUGAAAAGAGCAUGCUAUUGAGGUUAAAGCAAGAAUGUGGCGCAGGAUUCACAAGCAAACUUGAGGGCAUGUUCAAGGAUAUAGAUCUAUCACGUGACAUAAUACGAACGUUUAGAACCUCGAAACUUGCAAAGGAAAUUGAGCACACUAAAAUCGAAUUAGAUGUCAAUGUUCUGACACAGGGAUUUUGGCCUACUUAUCCACCCUCACCUGCAAAUAUACCACCUUACGUGGAUCUUUGCCAAAAAAAAUUUCAAGAGUUUUAUCUUACAAAAUAUGCUGGUCGCAAUCUCAAAUGGCAGAACUCUCUAGGAAUGGCAAUAUUAUCAGCACAUUUUCCUAAGAAAAAAAAGGAAUUAAUGGUGAGCUGUUUCCAAGCUGUGGUCUUAUUGCAAUUUAAUGAUUUGUCGCCGGAAACAAAGGAGCUUGAGCGAACCCUUCAAUCUCUUGCUUGCGGCAAAGCUAAAGUUAUUAACAAGCAUCCAAUAGGACGUGACAUUAAUACCACGGAUGAGUUUUCCUUUAACGAAGAGUUUGAACAUAAAUUGACUAGAAUUAAGAUAAAUUCCAUUCAACUAAAGGAGACGUCGGAAGAAAACUUAAUGACAACAGAACGAGUAUUUCUUGAUCGACAAUACCAAGUAGACGCUGCUCUUGUCCGUAUAAUGAAGAUGAGGAAGAAACUUGGCCAUAAUCAACUUAUCUCCGAGCUAAUUAAACAACUAAAAUUCAAAUCUCACGUAGCAGACAUCAAAAAGCGAAUUGAGUCACUAAUUGAUCGCGAGUAUCUAGAAAGAGACAAAGAAGAUCCCACUAAAUUAAUUUACUUGGCGUAA